CUUCUAUGUAAGAUUUGAGAUUUUUCUGCACAUAGGUUUGGUAUUAGUCAAUGGUUGUGUACAAUCUGUGUGUUUCGUUUUCGAGGUUAGUGUUAAUGUAUGAACAUUUGUUUGUGUGAACGUUCAUGCACAGUUCAAAUUUUAGUUUUCUGUGUGGUGUUAAGUAACGGAUUAUACAGUCGUCGCUGUUAUAAGGAGAAACUGGAAACUAUCAGUGCGAUUGUAUAUAGAAAUAAAGUGUAAUGCUAGACAUUUUACUGUUGUAGUAGGUGUUAUCUUUAAUCGAGAGUCUUUGAGAAGAUAAAAUUGCAAUUUCAAUUGGAAUAUCUUCCAUGUUAUAAUCUUUUAUUAUCCCGUGUCUGUUUCCUCAUAUUUUUAACGGUCUUCACUUCCGGAACAUAUGAAGGUCGAUUCUUUAACACGUCGACGAGUAAAAAAAACGCCUGACACGAUUACAUUGCGGUUUGUGCUUGUUUGCUGAAGGGGGGUGUUGUCUAUAUUGUUUAUGUUUGUGUAAAUUUUAUGUAGGUAAGUGACGGUUGUACGUAUCUACAUUGUUCUUAUAUUGGAUAGUACUCCCGGGUUGAAGGGAGAAUAGUGCGAGUGGUUACAUGAAACAGCAGUAAGCUAUGUAAAAUAUGUAAUGAUUGUAUCUUAUAAUUUCUUUGACAUUGGCCCGAUUACACUGUGCAUGGUACACGAAGCCGGUGUUUGUAACAAGCAUGUGAUUGUUCGUCAAGAUAAAAAUAUCUAGGCGUUGCCUUAGUGGCGCCAGUAGUGUUACAGUGAACUUGUAGUGCGGCUACGUUAGAAGUUUGUUCUAGGUGUAUCAUGGAGUAAGACUUAAAGGUGGGAUUCAGAGACAUUAUGUGUAUAACAUUUUAAACGAAUGUAUACUCUCAAUAUGGCUACUGUCAAACUUAGUAUACAGGACAAAAAAGACUUGGAUAAAUUCACCAAAUUUCUGGCACUAAAAGCUGCUCAGAUAAUUGUACAAUCAAGGCUGGGAGAGAAAGUUCAGACAAAGUGUAAACCACAUUCUUCUGGAACGGACUGGCAGUUUAACCUUGCAAUUCGUGACCUACCAGAGGUUCUUGCCGAAGCGAAGAGGGCUCUUUGUGGUGAGGUGGUGACAGCCCGCUUACCUCUGUGUGUGGAGAUAUCUCUACGCACUGUGGAGGGUGACAGUAUGAUGUUAGAGACGUGGUGUCUGGGUGUUCUUCCAGAGCAGUGCGAUCCCUCAGUCCGCGUUACGUACACUGUGUACAACAGAAUGGGCAUUCUUCUCAAAUCUCUUGUGUCUGUGACAAGGGUCACACCAGCUUACAAGCUGUCAAGGCGCCAAGGGCCUGAUUCAUAUGUCAUCUGUUACCGUAUUUACAUGGGAGAACCUCAGUUACACAACCUGGGGGAAGGUUAUAACCAGGUGAGGGUAGGUCAGCUGUGUACUCCUGUGGGAACAUUGCAUCUGUCAGUAUCUUAUCGUACCAAGAUGACUAUCUCGCCACAGAACACAGGCAGAGACAAUUCCAUCAUGCUGAAGAGUGACCACUUUCAUCCUGACCUCAGUCCGAAGCACUUGCGAUAUCAACAGAGUGAGGAUAAUAGUGCAUCCCUAAGUGACACCAUCAAGGUGGGGGCAUUUGCUGACAGCUGUAGACAACAACAGAUUCCUCUAGAGCCAGAAUUGGAGAUACCAAAUGUGCCAUUUAGUAGCCUCCUCGCCCCCCGGCAACAGUCGCCUCCACGGCCCUCUUCCGUUCAGCCCGCUGAACCUCCAGUCGAGACAGGAGGAGGAGCUGAGGUGGAGGAUGAUGGGAACGGCAACGUAACUCCUCGCUGUGAUUCUCGGCGGUCGAGCUGUUCCAUGGUGUCCAACAAUGAGGACUUCAUUAUGAAAACACCGUUUGCUACAACAAAUGCAAACAGCGAGCUCGGUGCUUUUUACCUGGAAUGCCAGAGCGCCCCGCAACUAAAGACGUUCUCCGAGCAGCCAACGCUGGCAGAACAAGUAGGGGACAUCACUAAAACAUUAGAAGCGUUUGAAACAAGCAUGCAAGAGUAUGAUGAAAUGCUCAACUCUCUCUGCCUUUCUGAUAACAACAACUAGGAACUGCGACGUUCGAUGGCAGAAGAAAGGAAUCCCAGUUCCUGGCAGCUUGUUUGAGUGUAUGAACAAAUAUGUAGUUUUGUCAGUAAAACCCUCUGAGAUGUUUGUGUUGCCAAGUUUACUGUUUAAUUUUCAGGUCCUAAGGAAGCAGCAGAAGUUUUUAGUGGGAUGUCAGAUGAUAUGGAAAAAAAUUUGUUACUUUUUUUUUUCAUGAGUUGCUAAUUAUAAAAGAUUUACAUUUGGCUGGCUUCAAGCUAUUUUUUGCCUUCUUAGGUGGGUGGUGGCCAAGAAGGUUGAUAUAAUUAUACUGGACACACUUGUGAACGUUCUGUUAACUGCCAAAGACCUAUUCAUAUUUUUGCACACAUAGGUUGAACUCCUGUUUUGUAAUAAAAGAAAAAAUGGUAACUCUUAAUUUUUUGUAAAACUUAACUUCAGUUCCCACCACUUUACUUUCACCCCUUCCCACCCAAGUGGUGGAAUUUGGUGCAGUUUAUUUUCAGAAACAGUCCCUUACUUUCUGUGUCAACUCCAGUUGCAUAUUUUGAGUACAGUAUGUGACUGAUUUUAAUUAUGUUUUUUGUCGAAUUGUUGAUAUUGUUUGACAUCCACUGAAUAAUUUAGAAUGUGUACAGCUUAGAAUAGUAACGAGAGAUUCCUAGGUAAGUUAUGUUAAGGUAAUAUUGCUAGAAAGUGGUAAUUUCAAAUAUUUGAAAGUAAAGUUAUUUGAGAUUAAAACCUGUAUCUUAUUGAUUGCAUUCUAACAGUGGGUUUUGUAGAAAAAGAAAGCAAUGCAGUGUUUUUCACAGAUCGAUGCACUUGGUAAACAAAUUGUCCUUCCUUCCCAUGGGCUUGACUGAUUACCCGUUUCACAGGAUUCGGCCAUUUCUACAAGUGCCGAGUUCUUUGAUGAUACAGAAUAACAUUCAGUACAAGUGGCCAUUCUUAUAAGUUCCAAGAUAACUGACUUUACAGUUUAUCAGGUUUACUUGUAGCCAUUCCACCAAACUGCUUGGAUCUGAGAAAAAGGCUGUGAAAUAAAAAAACAUUUGUUAACUGUAAAGUUACCAUUCCAAAUGAAGCAAGGAUAUUACCAUCUCACGUACUAAUAUGGGAGAUUUAUAAUAAGACUGAUCUAACGGCAUUGGACAAGUAAUAUAAGGUAGAUGAAUGUCUUGUAGAGAACACCUCUGUUUGCCUUAUGUGCUGUUGCUAAUUUUUAUCAAUAUUGGUUUUUCUGUUCUGUGAAAUGUCAGUAUGAAAAAUAUAUUUUCACCAGGGGUGAAUACAGGAGUGGAAA